AUAAAAACAUCAUUCCGAUUCCAUUUUCCAAGUUACCAGUUAUUGAAUGUAAUGACAAAAAUGUAGUUUGAUUUUUAAAUAUAUUUUCAGUUUAUUUUAAUAAAACGUACCAGUCUCACUAAUCCAAAAGAAUGGCUUAAGAAGUAAUUAUGAGUUCUACGGAACCGCUACACAAAAAUGUUAACAUUUUAUGCCAGGUUUAUUGUUCGUUACUCGUACCUUUAUAUGUUUGUAGUAAUUGUUAUUUUAACAAUUUUAACUGUGAUCCCUUUGAUAUGUCACGAGUUUCCGUCAUUUUCGGAUCCCAUUGUGGGAUUCGAAACAAGAGGAACAUCAUUGGCACAUCGCUUUAUCGCUUGGGAAAAUCUCAUCGAUGAAACAAGGCCAUCUAAAAGACUCGCAGUUAACCCUAAAGAAAUAGCAGAUCAAAAACGUAUGAACCAUACCUAUCACAACCGAAUUCAGAAUAAGGGAAAAAUAAAUCGUGAACGAACUAAGAAUAAAGGCCGAAACAAAAAGAAGAAACCAAAAUACUAUUCUACUGGCAUUGAAAACAAAAUUGAGAUUUCUGAUAAUUCAUCUGCGAAACCUUCAGUAAACGGCCAUGUUCAUUGGGGAUUUGGAAAAAAUGUUUCAUAUGAAGAUGUAAAUGCACAAAUGUUGAAAAAUCAUACAAGAAAACAGUGGAUAUCUUUAAAAUCUAUGCAGCGUACUCCUGACAAGAUUCAACACAAUUAUGCAACCGGUAUGUGUGGAGCUCCCGUUUCUGAUUAUGCUCAUUUAGUUGUUUCUAACUCUGAAAAUUCAUCACUUUUGGAAUUUGAAAAUGUUCAAAAACUAUGUAAACUACAAUCUCUUCUAGUUCAAUUAGGUGGUAAAGUGUAUUACAAAUUAUGUCAGAGAUCUUUGCGAGAUGACGAGAUGUGUUGUCCAGUGUGGAGUGUGCCAAAUUAUAUAGCUUUAAUGUCGGGUAAGACUUCAUGUGAAAAUGUAACAAAAGAAGAUGUAAUGAAUGCAGUAGUAAUUUUAAAGAAAUGUGCCAGUUAUUUCCAUGACUUUAAACUAAUGGCAUCAUGUGAACUAAACCAAUGUAGGGUACCACAAUAUUGUUCACAGUACGAUGCUGUGUAUAAUUUGCUAUUUUAUCUAAUAGAUGGCAAUGCUUUCACUCCGCCUAUGUUUAAUAAUACAUUUGUUAAAAAUGUUGUAAUAUUUCUUCCAUUAGCAUGCAGCAGUACUGUUCUACCUUACUAUCAGAAAUUACAAAGUUCAAAUUUAUCUUACGAUACUCUAAGAAUUCCUGCCAUGGAUUUUGGAUUGAAGAAUGCACUUUUUGAUUUAUGGAUAAUUCAGGAUACAUGGUUGAUAGGUCUGGGAGGCAUUUUUGUAUUUAUAUGUGUAUGGAUUUAUACAAAGUCUAUUGUAUUGACUUUACUGCUAUUCAUAGCUAUAACUUACACACUUGGUGUUGCAUACUUCAUAUAUAUUUAUGUGUUCAAUUUAGAAUUCUUUCCCUUCAUGAAUUUAUUAGUAAUAGUUGUUGUGAUAGGAAUUGGAGCUGAUGAUGCUUUCCUUUAUGUCAAAAUAUGGAAGAUGAUCAGCAAUCAGCUGAUAAGAGAUAAUAUAGUGGUGCAAGAGAGUGAACUUACAGAAAUAAAAAAUGUUUCUAGUGCUGGUGAAACUAUCUUAAUACAAAUACUUGAAGAGACUUUAAGGCAUUCAAUUCUUACAAUGUUUAUUACUACAUUAACAACAGCAGUUGCAUUUUUUGCAUCGUACAUCAGCUACAUUCCAGCAAUAAAUUGUUUCAGUGUAUUUGCCGGUACUGCAGUAUUAGUUAAUUUCUUACUCAUGAUAAGUUGGUUGCCAGUAUCAGUAUUUAUAUUAGAUGUUAAAUUGUACUCAAGUAGUAAAAAACCAUGGAGUAUUGUGAUUUAUAAAGCUAUUAAUGAAAUUGGUGGAGAUAUCAGAGUUAUAUUGAAUAGAAUUAUUAUAGCAUUUGUUACAAAAUCAUACAUAGGUAUUGUAGUAAUUUUGGGUGCUAUAGGAGUUGGUAGUGUUGUUGUAGUUUUUUACACCCCUGGACUAAAAUUACCAGAUUCAAGACAAUUCCAGCUGUUUCAGACUUCCCAUCCAUUUGAAAAGUAUGAUAUGGAAUAUAGAGAUAGAUUCCUGUUUGAAAGAUUUGGUAAAGAUUUAGGUGUUGGUAGUAAAAUGCCUUUAAGAUGGAUAUGGGGUGUAAAACCAAUUGAUAAUGGAAAUCACAUGGAUCCUGCUUCAACUGGGCAUUUAGUUUUUGACACAGAGUUUUCUAUAUCAGAACCUAAGUCUCAACUGUGGUUGGCAGAGUUUUGCAGGAAUUUAAAAGGGCAACCAUUUUACCAACACACUCUCGGUCCACUAUUGCCCAAUUGUUUUAUUGAAACCUUUAGAAUGUUCAUGAGCAGAAAAUGCAUUGAUAAUAUUGAUAAAGUAGAUAGAACACCGUGUUGUGAAUCUUCAAGUUUUCCUUAUACAAAAGAAGUUUUUGACAUUUGCAUUUUAGCAGCAAUGGAAUCAUUAUAUCAAACUCCAAGGCAACUUUUUAUGCCGGGAGUGGCUGGUCCUAAAUUUUUAAGGAGUGCAAAUCCACCCAAUGUGUCAGCAAUUGUUGUAGAGUUUGAGAGUGUUGUUCCAUAUUCAAUGUCUUACACUGCGAUGAAUAAUUUUUUUCUACAAGUUGAAAAUUGGACAGAACAUCAAUUGAAGUCUGCUCCUCCGGGCAUGCGUAAUGGUUGGUUUUUAUCAGACCUACAUUUUUACGAUUUACAGAAAACAUUAGCCAGUGGGACUGUGAUGGCUUUAAUAUUGUCCGCUAGCUUAGGAUUUAUAGUACUUAUACCUGCUACCUUUAGCUUUAUCAUCAGUAUUUGUGCAUUGACAGCUAUGGUAUUCUCAUCUACAGUUACAAUAGCCAUCUUAGUGUUAAGUGAAUGGAAAUUAAAUGUAUUAGAAAGUGUAGCAAUAUCAACAUCAGCAGGGUUAGCUGUAGAUUUUAGUCUUCACUAUGCUUUAAGUUAUACAAAUGCUAGUGGCACAAAGUCUACUAGAGUUAAGUAUGCGUUGACAGCAUCCUCUGGGCCUACUGCGGCAGCGGCUCUAACCACGGGGUUUGCUGGAAUAUUCUUGCUUCGGUCAAAUCUAUUACCAUAUUCACAAAUCGGCGCAUUUUUGGCGUUAAUAAUGUCUGUCAGUUGGGUGUAUGCCACCUUUUUUCUUUGUUCCCUUCUUCAAUUGUUUGGGAAAAAUUCUGGUAAAGAUUCAGCGACUGAAGAAAGGAAAUCUGUCUCUCGCGUUAGUUCUAUUUGUUCAGGAGUGCCUAAUUUAGAGAGUCAUGAAUUAGAACAUUUAGCAGACAGUAAUCGCACAAAUAUCACGCACUCGCAUAGUCCUUCUAGUGUUAGUGCUACCACCGUAGUUCUUCAUGAGGACUGUCCAAACUCGCUCAGUAGCUUUGAGAAGAAACAUAGUAUUGAUGUAGACAAUGACUGAAUGUUUAGAUGUAUUAUAUAACUUUAUACUAAUCAUAGAACUCACUCAAG